GCAUGAUUCUUCACUGCAUCUGACGCUUUGCAUUGCACUAGGUGAUUGUAAGACUUGGAGGAAGCUGCUUGGUCAUGGAAAACCCAUUCCAUGAAACUCUAUGCACUGUUGUGCUAAUCUGAAGUCCGCCCAAAGUUUGGAGGUCUUUAGCUAUUGCCUCUGCAGACAGUGGACGACUUCUGUGCACUGUGCGCUUCAGCAUGCUCUGACCCCGCUGUCAUUUGACGUGACCUACCACUUCGUGGCUGAGUUGCUGUUGUUCCCAGUUGCUUCCACUUUGUUUUAUAUACCACUAACAGCUGACUGCGGAAUAUUUAGUAACAAGGAAAUUUUAUGGAUGGACCUA